AUAACAUCAAUUAACACACAAAUCUAGCUUUAUAUGAAGGGAGGGGUUGAUGUUUGGGAACAGACUAGUGUUACUAGAUCAAUGAGCGUUACAAAACGGAUUGCUUGUAUAGAAUGAGCGUUACAAACACACGUUUACGCACAACAGGCCACAUGAACACGUGAAAUGCUGUCUAACCUGUCAGAAAUGUGAAUGGAUUCGAUGAGAGAGAGAGAGAGAGUGAUGUUUCCUUUAAAGCAGCUCUCAAUGACUAGUGUAUCGGUGCGUUGUCGCCAUCUUCUGCCAGUUCUGUUACCGACCUCACCGGAGCAUCACAUCAGACCGCCGGUGGGCGAGUCCCGGGUGUGUCUGUCUGCCUGCCUGCCUGUGUCCAGGAGAGCACGCUAACAACACCGAGUGGGGAGGGAAAUAAAAUGCUGGGGAAUCGAAAGCCGUGACAUCUUCAUCACUAGACACUUGUUGUUGUUUUUUUUUUUUUUGCUUUUGGAGGAGGACUGAAGCAUGAAGAAACAUCACAGCCCCGCGAAGGGACCACUGGAAGUCACCGUACCAGACACCGAGGCGACCAUACAACAGCUCAACAAGCUGCUGUCCAACGGCAGCGGUUUCUACAGUCUCCCAGCACAACAUUUCAACGAGGUCUUUCCCAAGAUUUACAUCGGCAAUGCGUUUGUGGCCCAGAAUGUGAUGCGUCUGCAGCGGCUGGGUGUGACACACAUACUGAAUGUCGCAGAGGGAAACUCUUUCAUGCACGUGAACACCAACGCAGAGUUCUACGCAGGAACUGGGAUCACGUACCAUGGCAUACAGGCCAAUGACACUGAGCAGUUCAACAUCAGUGCCUUCUUUGAGGAAGCAGCAGACUUCAUCGAUAAGGCUCUGGCACACGGAAAAGGAAAGGUGUACGUUCACUGCCGUGAGGGCUACAGCCGUUCGCCCACUAUCGUCAUCGCUUACCUCAUGCUCCGUCACAAGAUGGAUGUACGAGUUGCAACGGCUACAGUAAGACACAAGAGAGAGAUCGGCCCGAAUGAUGGAUUCCUGCGCCAGCUGUGCCAACUCAACGAAAAGCUGGCGAAGGAGGGCAAGUUGAAGACCAAAUGAUAGAAUGUGCUCUACCCCUACAUAUGUUAACAAAUGCAGGCACACGGUCAAACUAGUGUGCAUUAUUUCCAGUCCAAGUAUAUUAACAGAAUGUAUGCAUACAUCCAGAGCAUAAGCAUGGAGAUAUACAAAGUGUAUUCAAACACACUCUCACAUACACACAUACACGAGGUGUUGUCAGUGUCCUGAAUAAUUACCCCUGCUUCCAGCUGGCUGGUAAAGGGAAAUUUACUGGCAUAUCUGAAUAAUUAAGGCUGUAGAAAGAGCAAGGGCAGCAUUUUAUAUGUCAUCACAACUGUUUUGUUUUUGCAUCAUUCCCCGUGAUAAUUAGCUUCCGUUUUUUCACUAGGUACACUUAAAGCAUUCCAGUACCCAACUGUUUAUAUAUCUCACAAAUUCAACUUUUGGAGCAUAUUAGCCCAAUUGUCAUCUGUAAAGUAGAGCACAAUCAUUCUAUGGGUUCCGAUCUGCCAGAAAUACUGCGAUUGCUCAUCCCGUUUCUAUUUAUAUGUGGUAGAAUAUGAUAUUUAGGUAUAAAAAAGCACGUCGAAUACACCUUUUAACCCAUUUACAGACCUACAGCCAGCUUUUUGAUGGCUUUCCAGCAUUUUAAAUCAGGAGGACAAAACUGUUGUGUACCAGCACACACUCCAUUCGCUCACUAAAUUAACAUUCCACUUUGUACCAAAUGGUAGCAUACAAUCAACAAGAUAUAUCUACAACAAGCCAACCGUAUGUUGUAGCUCGGAUUCAACAGACGCUACAAACAGGUUCAACCCGGUUCUAUGCAGCAGUGAUAAUGCAUCAGCCCCAUUAGAUCUCUUUACUCUGGAAUCACUGUCUCUCACUGCCAAGUCUCAUGCCACAUUUUGUCCAUCACAAGAUCACAGUCAGCCUUGACCAGAGAGACACGUCCGAUAGAUGGAGAGCCUCUGCCAUGCCAACUGCCUAAUGAUGUGCCCUUACACAAGGUUUGUUACCCAGAGGCCCAGUGCCCCUUCAUACUGCUAGUUCAGAGAUCGCAGGAAGCGUGUCAGUGACAUCUGUGGAGUAUAGCUCAGAUUUUUAAGGGUAGCUGUUGAAAUAGAUUAGGUUUACUUCGGGCUCAGCUUUGUCCUUAAAACGGAAUCACUUUAGCACUGGAAUUGACUCAUUUUGCUGCACUGCUGGCUUGUUUCAGGUUUUAAAGGGGUCAUAUCGUAUGUAUUUUUAUCAUUUAAUUAUUUCCCCCGAGGUCCACUUAUAAUGUUAGUCCAAUUAAGCAGGCCGUUAUUGCUGCUGUGCCUUUAAGACUUCUAUGUAAGCAUCCUUUUUGCAUGUGAAGGGAGUUACAUUGACUAGUAACUGAUAGUUGUCUGUAUAGUUUAUGCUGUCCAUCGUUCACUAACAGCAUCAUUGCAGCAGAUUCACAAAAAGGUCUGCAUUGAAAUGUGCUGUUCAAACCAUUCAGAUCAGACUUUAACAGCGGAACUUUCCCACAUUUUAGAAUUCAGUGUUUUGGAAUAACAGUAUCCUUCCUACUUUCUCUAUAGCUUCUUUGGGAUUGGUUUGGCUACACCGAUGUGUAAAUAUGGGCGGUUGUAUGUUAAAGUAUCCAAAUUUUUGACGUCAAAAAUUUCUGUAUGAGACAUUUUUGUUGCUUAGCUUCAGUAAAUGGUCUUUUUGGACUGGGGAGGAAAUUUGUGAUUUCUUAAAGUUAACCCAAAAAUGAGAUUUCUCACAAUAUGACCUCUUUAAAGGAGAACAAGCAUCACUUCAUUUGGAAUAAGUGCAUGCAAAAUUUUCAAACACGUAGCUUUUUGAAUUAGUCUAAUUUCUCUUGUCAAAUUUGAUUGAUCUAAUAUUAAUAGCUCCUGGGCCUCUACAUUUAUUAUUACUGAAGGAAAAUACUAUAGUACAAAUCGUAGGCUAGAUUAUAACACAAAGCACUACUUAUGCCUCUUUUUUAUAUUUCUAUAUUCCAGAUAUAUAUAUAUAUACUUGUAUAUACAUAUUUAGACGUUGACAUAUAUGAAUGUAUGAACUGUCCAUAAUAUUUGUGUAUGACCAGUAUCUAUUACCAAUAGAAAUAUCUAAUAUAUUGUAGUUAACAUCCACUUUAUUUUGAAACGCCUUGAAUACCAUGGCACAUUUACACAAAAACACCACGUUUUCUUUCAUACACCCAGUUGUUUCCAUAUUAUCCAGUUUUUCUUUUUACUGUGAUGGAGAGUGGUGUAUUUUGCUUAUUUUAUCAUUUACAUUGUAUUAGAGGAUCAAAGUCUGUUUUCACAGGUAACACAAAUUUUAAUUUUUUUUGUCUAAGAACAUUUAAAAUUGACAAAUACCUAUAUGUAUGAAAGCAUUCAAUCUAUAAACAUUCCUUUAAUGUAAUCUGGAGACCUAGGCUUUAUACAACCUAAUCAACUGUAGCUUUUGGAAACCUGUGUGCCGUCACAAAACACGUGAACCAAUGAGGAUGGUCUGUGCCAAUGGCAAGCAAUCUAUGGGAGUUUAUCAGUCAUUAAAACUGAACUUCCAGUGCUUUCAGAGAUUUUAGCAGCAACUUUUAACCUCAAAAAGCAACAAUAACACAUUUUGAAUACGCAUAUUUGUAAAUUUCAACAUAAAGAUGUGUUUGCUGGCUCUGUUGGCUGCAAGGCUUCAGAAGAUGAAGAAGAACACACCCUUUUCUGAACUGGAUCUGUGGAAGGAGAAACACUGCCAUCUGCUGUUGAUAACCCAUGUGGUUUGCACAAACUUGCCUGCUAUGUAUUGCCUUUUAUUCAUAUGUAUCCGAUUGUAUGUUACACAGUGUAUAGAAAUUGUAAACAAUGUAAUUAUACAGGGAAGAUUAAAUGAAAAUGGUUGUACCACUAUAUGGCUUAAUGAUGUCAUUAGUAUAUAACAAUAAAUCACAAUGCUGCUUGGUCAUUUUGUAUGUAUGUCUCAUUAUCAAUGUGAUAUUUUUGUUUUUACUUUAAUAACACAAUCUAAGGUGUCUAAAGUGAUGCAUUUUUGAUGCACUUGCAUUUUGUGGCAUCGGUGCGAAGUAUUGUCUGUGCAUUUUUGCUUCAUUGUUUUGUCCAUGUGUAUAAGCACAUAGUUGCGUUCAUGUGUGCACACACACUUGCUCAAACGCCGCUGACUACAUGUAACUCUAUAUCGUCUAUGUGCCGUCUCUAACUCCUGUAUGCUUUGUGUUGUUGCUGUAAUGUGAUAUUGUAAAUGAUUGACCACUUGUUUGUUGUAAAGGACAUGGAAACCUCAGCAGUUGCAAAUUUGGCAGGAGGGUUUGGCACAAUGUUCACACUCUCAAAUUAUGUUUUGCAUUUUGAGUUCGGGAGUUGCUUGAUGUGACUAAACAACAGACUUACGGUUUCGUUUUAAUCUGACUUAAUCAGGAAAGGAAUUACAGAUUGCUUGAAGUGGAGGUCAAAUGAAUGCAUUCACAUGACACAGGCUGUCUAAACAUCCCACCUUAAAGCCUUAUCCUGAAGAUGGAUUAUAUAUUUUUGAUUCAUGUCUUCACUUCACAAAGCAAGGUGUACAGCUUCUACAGACACUUUGUUGAAGUGCACUUGAUUAAAUCAGUUAUUUUUCUUACAUUGGAAAAUGUUCUUUUGUUUUAUGAUGUCUGAAAAUAAAUCGCAAAAAUUAAAAUGUUGUGCUUUUUUAAUUUUUUUAUUUACAGUUUUCUUCAUUUAGUUAAGUCAGGAGUGUCAAACUCAGUUCCUGGAGGGCCACAG